AUGGUGGUUCAAACAGUAAUAGAAAACGAAGGGUGCUUCUCAGAAUUCAAGAGGAGAAAAUACAUAGUACGUGACCGAGUCACCGCACAUGAGUUAUUGCCGUUCUUUCUCUGCAGAUCUAAAAACACACAUAGAAACCCUAAUCCUCUAACUUCCAUCUCAAACAUACAGACAUCAACAAUCAAUCACUCCAUACCCUUCCUCUCGUGCUCCUCUCUGUCUCGUUACAGCCAGCCGGCGACUAACUGGCCGUUGUCGGCUGUUCUCCUCCUGCACCCCCCUUCAUCAGUUAGAGAUGAACACCACCACCACCAUCGGGUGGUGGUGAGCGACGGAUGGAUCGAGAAACCGAGGAGAGAGGGAGAGAAAUCUGAGAGAUCGAGAGUGAAAGAGAGACCGGAGGAGGGUGGUGAUGGCGACAGCCGACGCCGUCUGCGGAGGAGCGAUGGAGGAGACAACGACGACGGUGAGUUACUUUCCAACAUAUUUCUGAUAUUGAAGAUGGUGGUAGUGGUGCGACACCACUGUCGGAGACCUCUGGCCGGCAUCGGCGGCGGAGGUGGGUACUAUAUUCAGCAGGUUCGGUGUCGGGUCAGAUUACGUGUUCCGGUUUUGCGAGUCAAGUCUCGGGUUUGGACAACUUCGGUCAACGCUGGUCAACAGGAGUCAAGGGCAGUCAACAGCAGUCAACGGGUUGGUUUCGGGACAAACCCGGUCAGCCACGGUCGAAAUCAGUCAACGCAGUCAAGACUCGGUCAACUCAGUUCAGUUUGGUCAACUCGGAUUUUGGGUUGGUUUAACUCGGUCAAACCGAGUCAAACUCGGUUAACGACAGUCAACUCGAAGAUCCGGAAUGCUUUAGUUGCACGCUAGCUAAUUCACGAUUCUUGGAACGGCACUACGGAAUCACACUUUAAGAUAGCUUUGCACAGGAAUAUCCAGGUAGCAUUUUCAAAACUACGGAACGGUUGGAAUAGGAGAACCCACGGGAUUUCGAGUACUUAGUGGGCGUUCACUGUUUAGAAGUCUUAGUCUUUUGCUUCCGCUGUGCAAUGAAGAUACCGGUCCAGUCACGCCAAGCUCUGAUAUUUCGGGGUGUG